AUGGUUACGUCACCACGUUCUACAGCUGCAACACCUCGAUAUCAAUCUUCCAUGAAUCGACUGCUGCUCAUCUUCGUUACCUUUGGAUCCCUCGUUCCAGCGGCCCACUUGGGAAUAGCAUCUCACAGAAAGGGACACUGGCAGGCAGAAUUCCUUCGCCAUACAAAACGGAGCAUCCCCGCAAAGAGAGGUCCUCCAGAAGAUUGGGAGGGCAAAGUACCACUUGUUGUGACCAACAAAUGCGAAACGACAAUCUGGCCUGGCAUCGCCACCCAAUCUGGUACUGGGCCCGGAACUGGGGGGUUCGAAUUGGCGCCUGGAAAGAAUAAAACGUUAUGGGUUGCGCCAGAUUGGCAGGGCCGAGUUUGGGGGAGGACGAAUUGUACAGUCAAUGGUGAAUCGUGUGCUUGCAAGACAGGGGACUGCUUUUCUAAGCUUGACUGCGAGUUUAGCGGAGCAACUCCUGCGACACUUGCAGAGUUCAACCUGGCCGGAGGGGUGACUGGGAUGCAAACCUUUUACGACAUAUCUUUAGUUGAUGGCUACAAUCUCCCCAUGGGAAUCAACUACAUACCAGCCAAGAAUACAACAUAUAUCCCUCCAAAUCUGACAAACUGCGCGUGCAUUGCCACGGCGGGGUGGCUCUUCAGCCAGGCCAAGACAGGCACAGCGUACACCAACUCUACAUUCCCGGUCCCGUGGGAACCAGAUGAAACGAAUCAAAGCGUUGAAAACUGGUGUCCGUGGCCCAAUCUCGCCUUUCCUCCCACUAAGCCUGGAGACGGCGUAUACCCGUAUCCCGACGACAACAUCCAGCGGCCAGCAUUUUCACCUUGCAACAGUGCCUGUGCGGCAAGUGGCUCGGAUAAAGAUUGCUGUAUCGGAAGGUAUCACGACGCCAAUAUUUGCAAGCCAUCGAGCUACAGUAAAGCAGUCAAGGCGGUGUGUCCUGACGCAUACAGCUUUGCCUUUGACGACCAAAAGUCGACAUUUAUCGUUCCAAAGGGAGGUGGCUGGGAGGUGGUCAUUUGUCCGUCUGGUCGAUCGACUAAUAUUUUACGGCAGUUGGGCAAAGAGUUGUCUGAGUUGGCAAGUGGCGGCAGCCUGUCAAGACGGUCUAUAAGGAUGCUUCGGAACGUCACCUAUAUCGAAGCUGACAAGGGAGCAGCUGGCGGGCUGAUACCAUCGAACGGACUGACUGUUUCUUUGCUUGCUUCACUCAUUGCUUUUCUGAUGAUGGUAUGA